AUGGAUGGCAUUGAGCAUACGCCAGAGGCUAACGACAUCCUGGAAGCUUGGGCUAUCGAAAGUGCGGUGCCUUGGUCCGUUUCAGGCGCUGCACACGAGAAACUGCAGCUGGAAGUCCAGGCUUAUUCAGAAGUUCUUGACGAUGGCUAUGAAAUACCCUCUAGAAAGACUCUUGCUCGAAACAUGGAAGCGUAUUUCAGGUGUAAUCAGGAACUUCUCCCCUUCAUUCACCCCGCGACAUUCUCAGCCGGACGGAAAGACGUUGAGCUCGUCCGGGCAGUGGCUGCCCUGGGCGCUUUAAACAGGCUUGAAUACUCUGAGGCUUCGGAGCUGUACUCCGUUGCUCGAGCAAUCCUUUUGGAGAAACUACGACGCGAGAAUCCACCCUUUUCGUCGUAUCUGUUGACUGCAGAGAGAAACCUCCAGACUUUCAUUCUGCUCGUCCACUUUGCGUCCUGGGCGAACCAAGACAUCCUGCCGGAAGCAUUUGCCAUGAGCAGUCAGCUGGCAAGUUUGAUCAGACAGAACAGCCCAACACAAUCGGACCAGGUUCCCCUGGAUGCCGAGUGGUCAUCAUGGGUCGCUCUCGAGGAGAGGCGCAGGACAUUGUAUGCAGCAUACACGCUGUCGAACAUUCACAGUAUCGCCUUCAAUAGACCGCCUUUGAUCCGAAGUCACGAAGUCGACCUGUUUCUUCCAAGUGACGCAGAACGGUGGAAAUCGACUACCGCAAGCCAAUGGUGCCGAAGCCGUCGCUCGGUCGAUCAGGGUUUCCAGGAGGUGUUUCGCAAUCUGCUAGACGGCAAAGAAACCUCGACGGACGCGCCCCUAUCUUCUUUUGCCCUCUACGUGCUCAUCCAUGGCAUUCUCCAGGAGAUCCUGCUGAUGCGCCAACAAUGGCCAGGGCCAAUGCUGCCACAAACCAUGAAAUCAUUCGAAAAUGCUCUUUGCGCCUGGCAGCGGUUUUGGGAACUGACUCGCGAUUUCACCCGGGGUCCAUUGUCAUCCAAUGGACCACUCGGGCUCACCGCCACUGCGUUGCUGCGACUUGCCUAUAUUCGCCUCAAUGCCAACUACAGCCUUGACCAAGGACUUGUCUCACAGGAUUUGCGAAACAUCAUCAUCGGUCCUCAACUGUCACUGACACAUUCCCUCUCUCUCCACCGAGCUGUUCUCCACGCUACACAUGCAUUAAGCAUGUCCGUAAGGCUCAGCCGGGAAUUGACUGCUCGAAUCACAUCGCCAUUUCGCAGCAUUGAGCAUUCACUGUGCAGUCUUGAGUGUGCACUGCUGCUCAAGGAUUGGCUUGAGCUGAUUGCAAUGGCGGUGGGCUCUUCCAGAGUCGAAGGACUCCGCAGGAUUGAGAAGAGUGUCCUGCAAAUCAUCCGCGGCAUCAUCCAGGAGACUCCCCUUGCAAAGAUGCCAAAUAUACUUGAAGAUAACACGUCUCAAGUCAGAGCCAUGGCCAACGAUGUAAUCAAGCUGUGGGCCAACAUCUUCGAGGGUGCUCAGCUUGGCUUCGACAAAGCCAUCACCGCCGGUCUACAACUCCUAGCAAGCGAUCCCUGA